GCAGUCGGGGCGGUGCCGCCACGCUCCUCGGCACCAGAGGCGGAGCUCACGCCGCGGAGUCCCGCCCCAGCCUGCGUCCGCCAGGAGUCCAGUCGCUGCUCUUUUCCAGGCGGGUAAGCCCUAACAGGAGGAAUCUAAGGAAGAGUACCGGCUGGCUGUCCUUCCCAGCGCUCGAAGCCCCGCCAUGCUCGUCCUCCGAAGCGGCCUGACUAGGGCUCUGGCUGCGCGGAAGCUCGCGCCUCAGGUGUGCUCAUCUUUUGCUACGGGCCCCAGACAAUACGAUGGAACAUUUUAUGAAUUUCGUACCUAUUGCCUUAAGCCCUCAAAGAUGAAUGAGUUUCUGGAAAAUGUUAAGAAAAACAUACAUCUUCGGACAGCUCACUCUGAAUUGGUUGGAUACUGGAGUGUAGAAUUUGGAGGCCAAAUGAAUAAAGUGUUUCAUAUUUGGAAGUAUGAUAAUUUUGCUCAUCGAACUGAAGUUCGGAAAGCCGUAGCCAAAGAUAAGGAAUGGCAACAAUCUGUCGUUCCAAAUCUGGCUCUCAUAGAUGAACAAGAGACUGAGAUCACUUACCUGGUGCCAUGGAGCAAAUUAGAAAAGCCUGCAAAAGAAGGAGUCUAUGAACUGGUUAUUUUUCAGAUGAAGCCAGGUGGGCCAGCUUUGUGGGGUGAUGCAUUUAAAAGGGCAGUUAAUGCCCAUGUGGAUCUAGGCUACUCAAAACUCGUUGGAGUUUUCCACACAGAAUAUGGAGCACUCAACAGAGUUCAUGUUCUUUGGUGGAAUGAGAGUGCAGACAGUCGUGCGGCUGGGAGACAUCAGUCUCAUGAGGAUCCCAGGGUUGUGGCAGCUGUUCGGGAGAGUGUCAAUUACCUCGUGUCUCAGCAGAAUACGCUUCUGAUCCCUACAUCAUUUUCACCUCUAAAAUAGUUUUCCAUUGAAAUACGAAGCAUUGCAUUAACUGCUAUAAGAUGUGUCUGAAUGGUGCUUAAAUUCUCCUAAGAGAUUCUCACUUGCAUUUGAAGCAGGUGGUAAGUUAAUUUUCUGUGUCUCCACUUCUGAAGCCAUCUCUAUCCUUCCUUCCUCUGUUCCUCUCCACCUUAGGAAAUAGUUCUGUUCAUAUUCCCCUUGGCAUUUUCAGUGUCUGUCACACAUUAGAAAUAGUUGCUACUGGGGCACCUGGGUGGCUCAGUUGUUAAGCGUCUGCCUUCGGCUCAGGUCAUGAUCCCAGGGUCCUGGGAUUGAGCCCUGUGUCGGGCUCCCUGCUCCGCGGGGAAGCCUGCUUCUCUCUCUCCCACUCCCCCUGCUUGUGUUCCCUCUCUCCCUGUCUCUCUCUCUCUCUCUGUCAAAUAAAUAAAAUAAAAUCUUUAAAAAAAAAAAAAGUUGCUACUACUGGAUCUUGAUUUUUCAUUGGUUUCAGAAUAUCUCUUGUACUCCCUUUUGACAACCCUCUGCUUUUAUAAUGUUUUCUUAUAUUCAAAUGAUGAUUUUACAUUUUGAACCCGGUAUUUUAAAAUCAUUUAUGUAUAAUGUCCAUCUUUUCAUGUCUGUUUUUUUCUGAGAUUUAAAAUAUUUGUGCUCAGUAAAGUUUAUUUUGUGAUCAAAUGGGAUUCUAAUCUAAGAUCAAAUAUAUUUCUUUAUCUUGGCAAAGUCCAGUGUCACCUUUGUCAUCCGUAUUAAUUAUGGUUUUCACAUUAAUUAUGAGUCCCUCGAACUUCGAAAAUAAUGUAACUAGGUCUCUGUUAAAAACUUCAGACUUGUUUUAUGUGCUGAAAUGUCUUCAUUUAUAGUUAAUUUUUGUUCAUUUUGGAUCACUAACAGAUACUUGGGACAGCUAUUUGUUUUGAAGAGAUCUUUAUGGUUAUGAGAAUGGUUGCCUGAAUAAAAGCCUACAUACCCAUU